AUGGCUCAUCAGUUCCAUAUCGCAGGCGCAAGCCACACUCUCCUCGACCCGUGGUCUCACGGAGUUGGUGUCAUGAGAGACGUUCUCACCCGAUGGUCUGAGCUCGACAUCACCCACAUCGGCUCUCUCAUCGCCAUCGCUGGUACAGUUCCGACCGCCUGGCGGUUUCUGCAUCAAGCCUGGCGCGAGGCCUACGGCUGCAUCAAACGCUUCUUCCUCGCUUCCGUGACCAUCCCCGGCGGCGACCCGGUCAACCGGAGCGUCGUGAAAUGGGUCCUUGCGCACCGGCCCCAGCACUACCGGUCCUUCACGGGGCGCACCGAGGUCGGACGCGCCGGCCCAGACCGCGCCGCCGCGCUGAAAAAGACCCGUCACUCGAUCCAGUACAGCCCGCACUGGCACUCGAAAUGGCUCUGGUUCGGCCGCAGCCUGCUGGUCGUCACCCGCGCCGUUGGGGACUUCACUUCCGCCCUGUCGGACCCCAGCUACGACGGCAUCGGCGGCGAAGAAUUGACCGUCAGCUGCUUCGGGUGGUCUGUGGAACCCGUGCAGGCCUUCAUCGAAACCUGUCGCGAGUAUGCCGACAGGCAGACGCAGUACUUCGUCAUCAUCUACUCCCGCGACCGCUACGGUAUGUCGUGGAAGCCGAAGGCCCGCAAGCCCCUCCGCCACCUCGACACCGUCCACUUUGAUCACGCCGUCAAGCAGGAGCUGCUCGCCGACAUCAGGAACUACCUGGACCCCAAGACCCAGAUGCGUUACCAAAGCCGCAGCAUGCCGUACCGCAGGGGCUACCUCUUCUACGGACCGCCCGGGACCGGCAAGUCCUCCCUGUCCGUGGCCAUCGCCGGCGAGUUCGGGCUAGACAUGUACGAAGUCAAGAUCCCCAGCGUUGCAACGGACGCGGACCUCGAGCAGAUGUUUCAGGAGAUCCCACCGCGGUGCGUGGUCCUGCUCGAGGACAUCGACGCCGUCUGGGUGGAUCGCUCCAACAACCUAGACAGGAAUGGCAACGGCAGCGGCAGCGGCAGCGGCAGCGGCAGGGCGCAUUCGCCGGAAGGUAGCAGCGUGCCCAACUGCACGCUCUCCGGCCUGUUGAACGUCCUGGACGGCGUCGGGUCUCAGGAGGGCCGCAUCGUCAUCAUGACUACGAACCGGCCCGAGCAGCUCGACAGUGCCUUGGUCCGCCCGGGCCGCGUCGAUAUGAAGGUCCUCCUCGGCAACAUCAGCCGACGGUCGGCGGAGGAGAUGUUCGUGCGCAUGUUCUCGCCCGACCUAGGGUGCACGUCGCACCUCGACAUGAACGAGAUCAGGAGCCUCGCGGCGCAAUUCUCUAGCAAGAUACCCGAGGACACGUUCACGCCUUCGCAGCUGCAGGGCUUUUUUCAGGUACACCUGGAAAGCCCCCAUGAUGCGGUGGAAACGAUUGGGGCUUGGACAACGAAAGAGCUUGCAAAGACCCACUACAAGGAAUUUGAAUUCAUAAGCGCCAACGUAAAGGCGUAG